AAAAUAAUUAAAUUAUAUAAAAAUAAACUAAACUCUUCUGGAUGGAAUGAUGAAAUAAAGUGCAUGAUUCUGAGUAGAUAGCAAACGGAAUAUUUAAAUAAUUUACUAACGACGAUCUCAAGAUGAAAUACAAGAUAAUAAUAAGCUAAACGUAGAAGAAAUAUUUUUAAAAAUUAUGAAACAAAGUUUAGGUAAAUAAUAUAUCUAUCCUUUUGAUUAUCUCACAGUCAUCAUUUUUAGAUAAAGUACCAGAUAAUAUAAAAGUUGAAUUAAAUAACUUAUUUUACAAUAAACAAUAAUGUUCAUCUUAACAGAAUUGAAGGAUACGAUAGCAGUUAAACCAUCAAAUUUGAACAAAGAUUUAUUAGAUAGCAUAGUUGAUAGUAUAAAUUAUAAAUAUUCCAACAAAAUUAUUCAGGACCUCGGUUUGGCUCUUUGCUUACACUCUUUAUUAGAUUCCUCUGAAGGUUUCAUACAGCACUCAAACGGAAACGUUUAUUAUAAAUGUAAAUUUAAUUUAAUCAUUUUUAGACCUUUCGUGGGAGAAAUUCUAAUAGCGAAAGUAAAGUCUACUUCCGAAGAAGGUAUUACAGCAUCAGUUGGUUUCUUUGACGACAUUUUUAUACCAAUCUACAAUCUACCUCCAAUCACCCAAUAUGAUAAGGCUGAAUCUACUUUCUUCUGGUUAGCAAAUUGGGAAGAAGAUAGCGACCCAUUCACCUCAUCACCGGAACAAAGAGCUUACAUAGAUAUUGGUGAAAAUAUACGUAUUAGAAUUGAAGCUGAACAUUUUGAAAAUGUAUACCCCAAACCAAAGAAAGUUGCCAUAGAAGAAUCUGAACAGGAUAUUAUACCAACUGCUUAUAGGUUGACCGCUUCUAUAGACGGUCAAGGUUUGGGUGUCGUCAGCUGGUGGGAAGAGGUAGAAGAGGAAGAGGAAGAAGAAGAAGAUGCACAGAUGGAAGAAUAACUAGUUUACUUGUACUAAUUUUAUUUAUUUUGACUAGAAUUGACAUGUGACUGACACCUUCAA